GUCCGCGCUUUGCGGCUGCGUGGCGGUGGGUGGGGGGCGGGGAAGAUGUCUGAGCGGGGAGAAGCCCCGACGGCGGCGGCACCGGCGGGAGAGAUGCCGGCGAAGAAGCAGAAGCUGAGCAGCGACGAGAACAGUAACCCCGGGGACCUGUCCGGCGACGAGAACGAUGAUGCUGUUAGUAUUGAAAGCGGUACUAACACCGAGCGCCCUGAUACGCCCACAAACACUCCGAAUGCACCAGGAAGAAAAAGCUGGGGGAAAGGAAAAUGGAAGUCAAAGAAGUGCAAAUAUUCCUUCAAAUGUGUAAAUAGCCUAAAGGAGGACCAUGGCCAACCUCUGUUUGGAGUCCAGUUUAACUGGCACAGUAAAGAAGGUGAUCCUCUUGUUUUUGCCACUGUAGGCAGCAACAGAGUUACUUUAUAUGAAUGUCAUUCCCAAGGAGAAAUCCGUCUGUUGCAGUCUUAUGUGGAUGCUGAUGCAGAUGAAAAUUUCUAUACCUGUGCAUGGACAUAUGAUAGCAAUACAAGCCAUCCUCUUCUGGCUGUGGCAGGAUCCAGGGGUAUUAUUAGGAUAAUUAAUCCCAUUACAAUGCAGUGCAUAAAGCACUACGUGGGCCAUGGAAAUGCAAUCAAUGAACUGAAAUUCCAUCCAAGAGAUCCAAAUCUUCUUUUAUCUGUAAGCAAAGAUCAUGCAUUGAGACUGUGGAACAUCCAGACAGACACGCUGGUUGCGAUAUUUGGAGGAGUAGAAGGGCACAGGGAUGAGGUGUUAAGUGCAGUAAGUGGAAGACCGUGGGGCAGUGAUUUAGAUUUUCAAAGUGUAGAUUACGAUCUUCUUGGUGAAAAAAUCAUGUCCUGUGGGAUGGAUCACUCUUUAAAACUCUGGAGAAUUAAUUCCAAGAGAAUGAUUAAUGCUAUCAAAGAGUCUUAUGAGUACAACCCAAACAAAACCAACAGGCCUUUUGUUUCCCAGAAAAUUCACUUUCCUGACUUUUCUACAAGAGACAUACACAGGAACUAUGUUGACUGUGUACGGUGGCUGGGAGACCUAAUUCUUUCCAAGUCUUGUGAAAAUGCCAUUGUUUGCUGGAAGCCUGGCAAGAUGGAAGAUGAUAUAGAUAAAAUCAAGCCCAGUGAGUCAAAUGUGACCAUUCUUGGGAGAUUUGACUAUAGCCAGUGUGACAUAUGGUACAUGAGAUUUUCCAUGGAUUUCUGGCAAAAGAUGCUUGCUCUGGGCAAUCAGGUUGGAAAACUUUAUGUUUGGGAUUUAGAAAUAGAGGAUCCACAUAAAGCCAAGUGUACAACUCUUACUCAUCCCAAAUGUGUUGCUGCCAUCCGACAGACCAGUUUUAGCAGGGAUAGCAGUAUCCUUAUAGCUGUGUGUGAUGAUGCCAGUAUCUGGCGUUGGGACAGAUUACGAUAAAGUACUUUUUCUUAAUUCAUAGAAGAAAAUAUAUUUUCAAAUUAUAAUAUAGUCUGUUAACAUGCUAGUACAGUAGAUGCAUUUAGUGUAGACUUUCUCGAAGGUUCGGCAGGCUGGAGCUGGACUUAGUGAUGUUUACAUUCUGUGUAUUGUUCUGCUUGAAAUUGCUGCUUUUAAUAAAAAGAAGUAUUUUUGUAAAGUUUU